GUGGUCAAGGACGUGUUCGUGGUCGUGGUCAAGGUCGUACUAGCCUUAGCAAAUCAUUAGAAGAACCUCAACGUAGUACUCGUGUUUCUGCUAAACCAGCUUCGUCGAACUCUGAAACUCUAAUGCAAGUUGAUUAUGACGCAUGUAUUGGUUUUAGUUCAGAUAUAACACAAGCUGUUGAACACACUUUAUCUAAUAUUGAAACUUCAAAAUCUAUGACUUCAAAACCAACUACUAUAGCUUCAUUAAUGAAUGAUAAUACUGUCACAGAUGAAAUGUCAGAAGUUCAUAUGACUGAAGCAUUUCAGUCUGAUUUUAUAGAACCUAACUAUGAAAGAUUUCAUAAUAGGGUGCCAAAUAAAAAACUAACAAAUUCUCAAAACAUAAAUGAUACUAACACAUCAAUAUUGACUCAACAAAACCAAUUAUACCAGCAAAAUAUACAUGAGGCAGAAGCAGAAUCUUUUGUAACUAUAGGAGAUGCUGUUUCAGCUAUUGCCACAUCAAGGCAGAAUCAUCAAUACCAAUCAAGUAAAUUAUCUGAAAAUAUCACCCCUAAUAUCCCUGGAUUGAUCAAAAGUAAGAAUGAGGUUAAUACCCCAAUUAAUCAAAGAAAACCUGAUAACUUCUACAGCUAUAUGACUACAAACGAACCAUUACCUAUACCAAGUGAAGAUAUAAAUGCCACUAAAUAUUCUUUACAUACUACAUCAAUAGAUAAAGAUUCAAGUAUUGCAGGUGAUAUUGAAACCCCAUCAAAGAAAAUAAAUCAGUACAUAUCAAAUAAUCAAAAACAGGCAGAAAAUUCAACUCAUGUUUCCACCGAAUCAUCUAAGCAAUUACUCAAAGUAGAAAAUUUACUUGAAAACAAAAAAGAAUCUACUAUUGAGUCAAGUGCUACAGCCAAUACCAUUUCAAAUAUUGAACCUCAAGCUAACUAUGAUGGAACAGUUGAAAAACGAAAACCUAAAAGAGCAUAUGUCAGACGGCAAAAUAAAACAGUCAAGACAGUUAAUAUGAAAGAUGCAAAACCCAAAAGGCCAUAUCAACGAAAGAAUAAGGCUAAUGCUAUACAAGUUGCAAAAGAUAAAAUAAAUUCUGAAAACAUUCAGAAUUGUAAAAUGGAUAAAUCAAAAAAGAAAAAUACCAGCAGUGAACCUGUUAUUUAUACCGAAACUGUAAAAGAUACCAAGAAUAUUCAAAAUACUACUAAUUUAUCUAAUCAGAUACCUAAAGAGUAUUGUCAAUAUGAAACAAACCCCUAUGAAAUGAACACUGUAGCAAAAUCUGUAAAUACUGAAUCCAUGAAUGCUAUUCCUCUGUCAAUUGAAAAACAAAAUGGUAAAAACGACGACCCUGCUAAAAUCUUAUAUGAACGCAUGACUGAAGUUGAACAGCCUUCUCAAGUAUUAAAACCAAAACGCGCUACUCGAGAGGGUCCUAGUACUGCCAAUACUAUUACUACUACUGCUGCUGCUGCUAAAAAAGCACCAAAACGUGUUUCACGCAAACCAAAAAAACAGAACACUGUAAUAAAUACAGAAUCUAUAUCUAAGGCUAUUAUUACAAAUACUGAAGAUAAUCCUAUAGAAGAAGAAAAGACGGAAAAUGAGGCAAUGGGCCAAAAUAAGCCAACGAGUGAAGAAAUCCAGUCUAUUCCAGAUAUUGCUUAUGCCGAAAGUUCAAAUAGGCCAUUCAAACGCGUAUCAAAACGUAAAAUAAUCGAUCUUGAACCGUCUAUGGCAGAUAACGUUGCUGAAGAAAGUUCCAGUACAAAGCGUAUACGUCAAAAUAAACAAAAGCAGUCUAUUAAUGAAUUUAAACCAACAAAAUAUAUUCAAUUUGAAAAAGAAGAAGAUAAGAUUUCAUCUGAAGAUCUUAUAGAAAAGGAUAAUGCAAUGACGAUAAACCAAACACACUCUAGACCCAGAAGAAGUGUCAGAGAUGCAAAAAAGGAAAAACAAAAUUAUGUUAUUGAUGACUAUGAAGAAGGCAUGUUGUUUGAGGAAGAGGAAGAGGAAGAGGAAAAUGAAAAUGAAAAUGAAAAUGAAAAUGAAAAACUUAAAGCAUUACUUGAAAAUAGUGAGAGUUAUCUUACAGAAGCAGAUUUAAGGUCUUUAAUACCAGAAUUACUUCAAAAGCUUCCAAAAGAAGAGUUACAUGAACUCACAGCGUUGUUGCCAGAGCCAGAUGUUAUUGGAAAGGGGAAAGAUCGUGAAAUUGCUCCUAACUUUGCAUCUAUUUCUAACAACCACUUUUGGGAAGCUGUGGAUCGAUGGCAGGAGGUGCUACUUAUGGGUGGUUUUGAUCAAAAGAAAAAGCUUGAAAAACAACCUGAAGUUGAAGAAGAUACUUCCUUUAAGGAUGAUAAUUACGAAGCAUAUUGGGGGGAACGUCUUGAACGAGACCGUAAACAAAAAGAGAGGAAGACAUAUAUGGCAAAUAAUGCAUCUGACCGUGGACGUGGACGAGGACGAGGACGUGGACGAGGACGUGGACGGGGUCGUGGAGGAGCGGCUAACAAAGACUAAGGAAAGGAGUUAUUCUGUUUAUUUUUAUUUAUUUUUCAUUUCACGAGUAGUCUAUGUAUAUUUAUUUAUUUCUUCUUCUUUUGUUUACAAGAAAGGAAGAAGAAAAAGCAUAUAGCAUUGUUUUUUUUUGUACUUGUACAUAAGCAUUCAUAUAUGUUUGUUUUUAAAAUAAUAAUAAUAAAUGAAAUAUUAUUUACAUUAA